AGCUCUGCUCGGCUCAUCCCGGAUUGGCGGACGGCGGACGUCGGGACCACGGCGGCGGAAGGACUCUGCUCCAGCGGCGACGUCGGUGGACCUUCCCGGAUGGCAACGGCCGGCGGACCAUCGAGGAAGCCCUUCAGCGGGCCGUGGCUGGUAGCAGGCGGUGGCCUGCGGAAUACCGCCCGGUUCUGCUGGAGGGCUGAGGAGGAGGUGGGCACCUUCCCCGACCGGCUGGCCUUCAUCCGGGAGGUGGCCUUUGGAGCGUUGGGCCUUCAGAUGCAGGACAUCCUCUGCGUACAGCGGAAUGGGCCCUUCCGCUUCUUCGAGGUCACCUUGUCCACCGACGAGAGUUACACCAAGGUCCUGGAGCGGAGCAAGGAGGGGGCCCAGCACCCCCUCCUCGGACGUUACAACAUCGAGCCGCUGUGGUGGCCCGACAAGCGGGUAAUAACAGUCCAUUGUUUCAACCCGCAUGUUACCGCCGAGGCCGUUUCCCAAUUUCUGACAAAGUAUGUGGAUCUUCUUCCUGGCCACAGGGACAUCCGGGAUGAGCUGGGGAUCUGGACUGGCCGACGCCAGUUCCAGGCCCGCCUGCGCCCGGACGCUAAUGGCGCAGGCGGUUUUAGCCACCCCCCAGCCUAUUUUACUUUACAGGGCAAUAAGGCAUACCUUUUUUAUUCUGGACAGCCUCCCUUCUGCCGGCAGUGCCACAGUUUUGGACACACCCUGGAGGGAUGCGCCAACCUGCGCUGCCGCAACUGCCUGGAGUCGGGGCACAUGGCCAGGGACUGCAAGGGCCCCCGUCGCUGCAAACACUGUAACGGCGAGGACCAUCUGGCUCGUUCCUGCCCACAGAAAAAGACUACAUAUGCCGACGCUCUGUCGGGUAACAGAGCAGUCGGCACGGAGAAUGGUGGGGGAGCUCUAGCCCCCACGACUGGGCAGGAACAGCCGGCGACGGGGGCAGGAGGAGAAGCCCUGGUCGAGGUGGAGGAGGCCCCUUCGAGUGCGACACCAAUGCAGGAGGGGUCUCCGAACAAGGUGGAGCAGCUCGCCCUGGCUCCAGGCGUCAGCAGCAGGCGAAAGAAGAGCGGUGCAUCCCCCCGGGGGAGGAAGAAGAGCAGAAGGGAGGCGCAACCCAACGCACCCAGCCCUCCGGCGGCCACCUCGCCAGCAGUGGCGGCCGGGGACCAAGGCCGACAGUGUCCCCCCUCCCCGAUGUUAGAGGCCCCCCGUCUGGUGUGGGACUUGGGACAGUCCCCUGCACCCCCCCAGGAGUACAGCGGUCAACAGGACACUGCUAAUGAACAGGAGUACCUGGGGGGGCUGGAAUUGGGGGACCUUUUGAGGUUGACUGAGGAGGGGGGGCAGUAGGACAGUAUUGUUUUUAAUGGCUGGCUUUUAUUAUUUUAGUUUGUUGUUUUUAAUUGUAUUUUAUUAUUUUAACAUUCUAUGGCCAAUUUUAAUAUUGUCACCUUGAAUGUAAGGGGUUUGAGGAACAUUUUAAAACGUACAUCUGUUUUUAACCAGCUGGCAUCUUCUCCCUUCAGCAUUUGUUUUCUGCAGGAAGUCCACCUCCGGGACCAGCGGGACGAGGCUCUCUUUUCACGACAGUGGAAGAGGGGUAGAUCCUACUGGAGCGUAGGUGGCGUCCACUCCUCAGGCGUCGGGAUCCUUUUUGGCGACCGCGCCUUUGAAGAAAGCCAGGGAAGCCCGGGAGGAGAAGAGCUUUAGCUCUCUCCGUGCCUCAAAUGGCAAUAUAGUCAUGGAUACAUCAGACAUGCUGGAG